AUGAAUCUAUCUAUUCACUUAUAUUUUUUGACUACUGUCUCUUUUGCGCUUGCUGCUACGUGGCAGGGAUGCGAUAUCUUGAAUUGCUGCUACGACAAUGGCGGCUUCAACAUUUACCAAUACGAUUUGACGAAACCUCAAGCAAAUCCAACCACUACUUUAAACGGCAACCCCAAUUUCUUCGGGUCGUCAUAUUCUUCCUGGAGUAGUCCAAUAACUUUGCCUGCUAACCGAGUUGUUAUCCUCAGAGCGUAUUUAUGGGUGUUGGACUCACGGCAGGACACUUACCUGUUCCUGGUUACUACACUGGGCGGUGUUACUGGAUAUGCCUAUUUUGGUAAUGAGGAUGCUUUCGAGUGUUAUGAUAUCUUUGAUCAAGAGGUUACUGCGUCAACAUCUGGGCAAGGAAUAGGUACUCCCUAUUAUAGUCCUACUCUGAAUAACAAAUUGAGUGCUUAUUUGAAAACUGGUGUGUAUCCACUUUUUUACCAAUUUCUGACUGGAUCGCUGUCCGGCACUUUUUCGUUAAGCGUGUCGAAAAACUCUUACCUGCUGAUCAGCUAUUUAAUUGUUCCUUAUAGAAACGAGCAGUUAUGUUAUGAUUGUGGUGGAUCUUCAACCAAAAAAUCAACCAAAUCAACUUCAACUACCUCAACCACCUCCACUUCAACCACCUCAACCACUUCAACCACCUCAACCACUUCAACCACCUCAACCACUUCAACCACCUCAACCACUUCAACCACCUCAACCACCUCAGCAUCAACCAACUCAACCACUUCAACCACUUCAACCACCUCAGCAUCAACCACUUCAACCACCUCAGAAUCAACCAACUCAACCACUUCAACCACCUCAGCAUCAACCACUUCAACCACCUCAGAAUCAACCAACUCAACCACUUCAACCACCUCAGCAUCAACCACUUCAACCACCUCAGAAUCAACCACUUCAACCACCUCAGCAUCAACCAACUCAACCACUUCAACCACCUCAGCAUCAACCACUUCAACCACCUCAGCAUCAACCAACUCAACCACUUCAACCACUUCAACCACCUCAGCAUCAACCACUUCAACCACGACCACGACCACUAGUGGACCAUCUACAGGUCCUGAACAGCCAACCACGACCACUAGUGAACCAUCUAUAGAUCUUGAACACCCAACCACGACCACGACCACGACCACGACCACUAGUGGUCCAUCUACAGGCCCUGAACAGCCAACCACCACAACCAGUGAACCAUCUACAGAUCCUGAACACCCAACCACGACCACCACAACCAGUGAACCAUCUACAGAUCCUGAACACCCAACCACCACAACCAGUGGACCAUCUACAGAUCCUGAACACCCAACCACCACAACCAGUGAACCAUCCACAGAUCCUGAACACCCAACCACGACCACGACCACUAGUGGACCAUCUACAGAUCCUGAACACCCAACCACGACCACGACCACUAGUGGACCAUCUACAGAUCCUGAACACCCAACCACCACAACCAGUGGACCAUCCACAGAUCCUGAACACCCAACCACGACCACGACCACUAGUGGACCAUCUACAGAUCCUGAACACCCAACCACCACAACCAGUGGACCAUCCACAGAUCCUGAACACCCAACCACGACCACGACCACUAGUGGACCAUCUACAGAUCCUGAACACCCAACCACGACCACCACAACCAGUGAACCAUCUACAGAUCCUGAACACCCAACCACGACCACCACAACCAGUGAACCAUCUACAGAUCCUGAACACCCAACCACCACAACCAGUGGACCAUCCACAGAUCCUGAACACCCAACCACGACCACGACCACUAGUGAACCAUCUACAGAUCCUGAACACCCAACCACGACCACCACAACCAGUGAACCAUCUACAGAUCCUGAACACCCAACCACGACCACCACAACCAGUGAACCGUCUACCAGUUCUGAGCCAUCCAAAACAACUGAGCCACCUUCCACGCCACCAAAUCCUUCUAGCAGCUCGUCAUCGACUUCAAGUUACCCAACUAUACCAUCAUAUGAAGUUCCUAAUAGUGGCCGCAUCUUUUUGAAGUCAGGCAUCUUAUCUACCUUGUCAGGUUUCUUACUUUGUUUUUUCAUUUGA